CGAUGCCAUCAAAGCUAUUGCGGGAAUAACUAAAGGCAUGCUUUGCGACGAACAGUGGAGAGCCGUUCACUUCAAUGAAACCAUAAAAGAGGCCAAAUGUUCACUAUUUGAAACGGCAUUGGGUUUAGAUUUAACACAAUUUAAGCCAAAACUCGCCGCUCUGUUAACGGGUUUGACUUCUGGAAAGUUUGCCUCAAGUUUUAAAAAUAACGUUAUGUCAGGAAUUAUAGGAGAAAUCUCUCAACUAUUCGGACAGAUCUAUACCGACGCCGAGAAAUGUUCACUGAGUUUAGCCAACCCUUCGGACAGAUGUCAUAACAUAAAGAUGUUUAUCAAAGAAAUCGAUCGCCUCUUCUAUUUGGUUGAACUCCAAGUUUUAGCCAAAUUUUAA